GCAAGAUCAGGUGAUAGAGAUAUAAGACCAAGUGACGGACUGACCAUGUCCAGUAUCCCCACCACACCUACCAGCCCCCACCUCUCCGUCACUAAGUCUGACUCCGACCCCCUUAACUGUUCUGAGCGCACCAAGAUGACAAAACAAGAGGCGGAUGACCACAGGAGGCUGCUCGAGGAGAAGCUCCUGGGUAUAAAAACAGAUAAGAGCUGCUUUGUUGCGAGCAUGUCCGCCAUGGCAAUGGUUAUGGCAGGGGCGGAGGGGGAUCCGCUCGAGGAGCUCAAUCUGGAGAAGAAGAAGCCCGUGGGAAGAACUCUCAGUUUACCCAGUAACUCAUCAACAGGAUCAAGUGGGUACCAUGGGUUGAGAACAACAUCAAGUGACUGGAGCGAGAAUGCGUCCAAUGGAACUCACUACUGGUACGAAUACGAGGGCAGCGCAAUGUGUAACCUUACCACCCCCGACAAGGAUUGCGGAAGCGUUGGGUACCGACGUAACAAGGUAAAGUGUGCCGCUUGUCGAAUGGUUCUUCACGAAGACUGUCAGGAGAAUCUCUCUGUAAAAUGUCGGUCUACAUUCCGUGAUGCGAACUUUAAGAAGGAGUCCUGGACUCACCAUCAUUGGGUCCUGCAACGCAAGACUCACACUCCCAAGUGCAGAGAGUGCAAUAAAUCCCUGCCCAAAGGAGCAUCUUGGGGUGGCGGGAAGAACAGCAAGGCCUUCAUUGCCGUUACUUGUUCCUGGUGCAAGGACUCGUACCACCCGUCCUGCUUCAAGCUGAGUUUGAUUGAAGAUCACUGCACUUUAGGAGAUUUUGAGCAGAUAAUCAUACCACCAUAUUGGAUCGUUUUCGGCAGCAAGGAGAAAAGAACUUUUAAAACGGUCGGUCGGGCGGUAACGUGGACAGCUGCACGAUCUGGUGGAAGCCGGAAGGGAAUAGGAAGAAGGAAAAUCAGCUACUCUACACGGCCGUCUUCCUCUACUAAGCGGUCAAGUCGGAGUAAGAGAUUAUCUGAGCACGAAAAGGAGGAUUCCAAACGGCCCUUUCAUAUAAAAGUGCCAUCAUCAGUGCCACACAGUAAAACGCCCCUGUUAGUGUUCGUUAACCCGAAAUCAGGGGGAAACCAAGGAGCUUAUCUUAUACAGGCAUUCCAGUGGUAUCUUAAUCCAAGGCAGGUAUUUGAUAUAAGUGAAGGUGGCCCUGGCCUGGCGUUAUCAUUAUAUCAAAACAUCGUUAACCUCCGGAUACUGGUGUGUGGUGGGGAUGGAACAGUUGGUUGGGUUUUAUCAGAAAUAGAUAAACUGAACUUUAUCCAUUCUCCUCCCGUAGGCAUAUUACCUUUGGGCACUGGCAACGAUCUAGCUCGUGUGUUGAAUUGGGGACCUGGUUACGCUGGAGAUCCUGUCGAGAAAAUACUGUACCACGUGACGGACGGAUCUAUACAAAGUCUGGACAGAUGGGAGAUUGAUGUCGAGGAGUUGGAAGAAGAGGGUGACUCGUCUAACUCAAACAAGGCCGAUGAGACUGACACUGAUAUUCCUGUUAAAGAUCUCCCCAUCAAUAUCUACAACAACUACUUUAGCAUUGGACUUGAUGCGUAUAUCCAGUACCAGUUUCACACGGGUCGUGAGGCGAAACCUGAGAAGUUUAACAGCAGAGCCUAUAACAAAUUUGUUUAUUUUAAAGGAGGCUUCGUGGAUACAUUUGAACAGAAGUAUAAGGAUGUGUCUAAGUUUAUUGAACUUUGGUGUGACGGUAAAGAUUACACGGAGAAGAUUCGAGAAAAGAAGAUUCACGUGAUACUGUUCCUGAACAUUAAGAGUUACGGGGCUGGUACUAACCCCUGGGGCAGUCACAGUGCUGGUUCAAGAGUGCAAGCUAUGGAUGAUGGGUUUAUGGAGGUUGUUGGAUUAUUCGGGGCUGCCCAGAUGGCUGCCCUUCAAGUUGGGGACACAGGUUUUAGAAUAACCCAGUGUAAGAAAGCUACGGUCAUCACCAGGAAGGCUGUCCACUGCCAAGUUGACGGGGAGCCGUUGUACUUGGCCCCCUCGUGUCUACGAAUCAGCAGGAGGAAUCAGAGUUUGAUGAUUAUGAAAACUAAGAGUAUAAGACCUCAUCCCAAUCCUGACAUCGGCAGUUCAGAACUCGUUAGCGAGAUAUCACAAACGGCCUUUUACAGCGAGAUAGCACAAACGGUGAAGAUAGCAAUCCACAAAGUGAGUUACACAGAUUUUCACAAACACUAUGGAAACAUCGAGAAGUUACUGGAAAUAGCAUUGCCUCUCACCAUGGUGGUUACCCGAGAAAACCUGGCUCUGGAUAGUAUCCGGCCUACCGUGGAGAAGUGUGUCAGGGAUGAGGAAGACGUUACCAACCUCCCUGGUGCGGUCUCAGAAAACUGGGUAUUCUUACACAGCGCCAACGACAGAUUAUACCCCAUUUCUGUUGACAUGGAAUCUAAAUUACCUGUUGCGGAAAUGAUCACGACGGGUAUCUUUGUGUUGGAUGUAGGGAUAAAGGGGACGCCCAAAACAUUUAGGGAUAGAGAAGCAGAUAGGCGGGAUUUGUUCGCUGCCAUAGAAGCUUCAGAUAUUGAAAAGGUGAACGCGUUAAGAUCACGGUCAGGUAUAGACUCCAGCUAUGAGUACGAGGGGCUCACAAUGCUACAUUUCGCGGCCCAGCGGUUACAGGUCCAAGUAGUGGAGUACCUGCUCCUGCAGCAACUCUCUCUAGAGGACCUUAACCGAACCUCCUCCCUCAACGGCAACUCCGCCCUUCAUUUCGCUGCCGAGGCAGAAAGUUUAGAAAUCUGUAAGCUCUUGUUGGACGCAGGAUCUGAUGCCAAUCUUCCCAAUUCCUCAGGGCUUCUACCUUGCGAUCUCACUUCCCUUUUAGCAAUUCGAAAACUUUUAGGCAAAAUCGAUAGCGAUGAUGCCGCGUCAGUAAACGAUGUUGAUCCUGGCACGCCAGUGUGAUUUUUAAUGUUUCAGUUUUUAGUUUUACAGUUUAAAUGCCCAGGUUUUGUGCAUGUUAUGUGCGAGAGUGGGUAAGUUUGAUAAUCCGAAUCGGUGCCGUUAUAGUGAACUUUAUUUUUAAUUCGUAUAUAUAUUUGAUGACAUGUAGAAUAAUAUUGCAUAUAGAUAUGUGAUUUAAUUUCGGUUUUCAAUACUUUCAACAGUUGUUAUGUAGUCUCUCAAACAUUAACCAAAACUAAUUGAUUUAAGAUUGUAAUUAACGUUGAUAUGGUUUUACAUUCCACCAACAUGUUGUUCAGCGGUGUAUUAUUGAAUCGUUGCUCAUAUGGAUUAGGGAAGGGAAAGUUUACUUAGAUACUACUGCUGGUUUCAGUUAAUUUAUUUUCUCACGAUAGCCAGUCAGUCCUGUCUGAUAGUUCGAUUUACGUUGUUUUAUCAUGAACUGAUUGCCUAUCAUUUCUAGAAAGUUCUCCAAUUUCUAAUAAAGAUGGUUGUGUGAAUUUUGAGUAAUUUAAUUUAGAGAUGAACUAGUCUCAAGGCUCGAAAUCUGAGCACUUUAUUAAUAAUUAAUAUAGAUUGCGCCGCAAGAUACUGUGUUCGUACGAAUAUAUUAAAUGACUGUUGAGAUUAUGAAAAAUUUUGACUUGUAACCUUUAGUUGAGAAAUUGAGCCUUCAAUGUUUUGAUAUUGAUAAAAUCUUUGAUUUCGAUUAUCAAAAUCAUAAU